GUUAAUUGACCUCGUCAUCGUCUUCAUGGCACCGUGGAAUCUUUAUGCACAACUUCGCAACUCCCUGACUAAUACUAUGUUCUGCGUAGAAAGUCACUUCUGAGGUCAACUCAAGACAAAACUUGACACCAAAAGCAAAAGACCUCUUUAGUGCAUCUUUACACAAGCUGCUCUUCUCAUCUUCCUAUGAAAUCUUGUUUCAUCUGUGUCCUGUUGUUUAUUUCAAAAGUUUGGUGGGAGGAAGUUUGGGUUUGAACUUGAACCCAUAUGGAGGAUAAUAUAGUACACGUUGCGCUGGGAAAAAAUGUGAAGGAGUACAAACCAAUCUUGGCGUGGGCGGUAUGGGCAAUAAAGAACUCUGGGGGUAGAACUAUAUUUGUCAUUCAUGUUCACCAGCCAGCAAAAAUGAUCCCAAUGAUGGGAGCAAAAUUUCCAGCAAACACAAUGAAGGAACGGGAACUCAGGGCAUACCGGGAACUUGAAAGGCAAAAUAUGCAGAAAAUCCUGGAUGAGUAUCUGCUUAUCUGCCGCCAAAUGGGGGUACAAGCAGAAUCACGACAUAUUGAAAUGGAGAGUAUUGAGGAGGGAAUUGUGGAACUCGUCUGCCAGCUUGGGAUCAGGAAGCUUGUUAUGGGAACAGCAGCCUACUCAAAGAGAACAAUGGACAUCAAGUCUAAGAAAGCAAGAUACGUGCGCCUACAAGCAUCUAAGUCCUGUCGCAUUCAAUUUAUAUGCAAGGGGCGCCUUGUCCACACCAGGGAAGGUAUUUUAGAUGGAGCAGAUGUGGAGGUCAGACCAAAUCAAAACUGUAAAACUGAACCAUCAAACUAUGGGAGAUCACAAUCUGCGGGGAAAAAUAUUGGUGCAGCACCUACCAGCUUAGCUCAAGUUUCAUUUUCCAGUGAAAGGAAUGCUAGUAUUUACUAUAGUGUAGGGAGUGGAACAGACAUUUCUUCCCUUGAUUGUACUGAAGAGUUCUCAACUCCAAGGAGCAGGUCAGUUACAGAAGGGAGUUCAGAUGAAUGGUUUGAAUCUUCAAGGAGGUAUCCUCCAAGUUUGGAUUAUUCAAAAUGCUCUGCCAGUAGAUCAGUUGACAUAGCUCGGAUUUCAUCUGUUAGGUCUGAGGGGAGUGAGUUAAGCACAUUUCCUCAGUCCAUAGAGAGUCCUUAUUGUUUAUCUCCUCCUAGUUUACUGGAUGGAAGUGUAGAUGAAACUCUCUAUGCUCAACUUGAAAAGGCCAUGGCAGAGGCUGAACAUGCGAGGCGAGAAGCAUUUCAAGAGGCAGAGAGGCGCGCCAAUGUGGAAAAAAAUGCAAUUGAAGCUAAGCGCAGGGCUCAAGUGUUAGAAAGCUUAUGCACUGAGGAAUCGAAACAAAGGAAAGAAAUUGAGGAAGCUCUAGCAAAAGAGAAAGAGGAACAUGAAAAGGUGAAAAUUCAGCUAAACAAAGUGAUGGAGGAUCUCCGGGUUGCCUUGGAUGAAAAAUCAUCACUGGAAAGCCAAAUUGCAGAAUCUGAUGGGAUGGUAGAGGAGUUGGAGCUGAGUAUUGCAUCUGUUGUGCAAUUGUUGCAAACUUGUAAAAAAGAACGGGAUGAAUUUCUGGUGGAGCGUGACAAUGCAAUUGAAGCUAAGCGCAGGGCUCAAGUGUUAGAAAGCUUAUGCGCUGAGGAAUUGAAACAAAGAAAAGAAAUUGAGGAAGCUCUAGCAAAAGAGAAAGAGGAACAUGAAAAGGUGAAAAUUCAGCUAAACAAAGUGAUGGGGGAUCUCCAGGUUGCCUUAGAUAAAAAAUCAUCACUGGAAAGCCAAAUUGCAGAAUCUGAUGAGAUGGUAGAGGAGUUAGAGCUGAGUAUUGCAUCUGUUAUGCAAUUGUUGCAAACUUGUGAAAAAGAACGGGAUGAAUUUCUGGUGGGGCGUGACAAUGCAAUAAAAGAAGCCGAAGAGUUGAGAAGAAAAAAAGUUGAGUCCUCAAGCACACGAAUGCCUCAAUUCUCCGAGUUCUCAUACUUAGAGAUUGACAAAGCAACUCAAAAUUUUGAUCCAUUUCUGGAAAUUGGAGAAGGAAGACACGGGAACACGUAUAAAGGUAUCUUGCGUGAAAUCCAGGUGGCUAUAAAAGUGCCACACCAACGUAACUUGCAAGACCCCUUAGGAUUCCAAAGUGAGGUUGAUACAUUGAAUAAGUUGAGGCAUCCGAAUCUUGUUACGCUGAUCGGAUACUGCCAAGAAGUUCAGGCUCUCAUCUAUGAGUAUCUCCCAAAUGGAAGCCUUGAAGAUCGACUCAGCUGCAAGGACAAUACUCCUCCAUUAUCAUGGCAAAUUCGAAUAUGCAUCGCCACAGAAUUGUGCUCUGCCCUCAUCUUUCUUCAUUCCUGUAAACCAUUCAGCGUAUUACAUGGUGAUUUGACACCCGCCAAGGUUCUCCUUGAUGCCAACUUUGUAAGCAAACUCUGUGACUUUGGAAGGUGUCGUCUACUAUCUCAUGAUCUAAGUUCAAACAACCUCACUCUGCGUUGGAAAACUGAGCUAAAGGACACUAGUUUUGCUUAUCUUGAUCCGCAGUUCCAUUCAACAGGAGAGCUUACUUUAGAGUCAGAUGUAUAUUCAUUUGGAAUCACAUUGUUACAGUUGUUGACUGGAAGGCCGCCCCGGGGGUUAAAAAAGGAAGUGAAAUAUGCAUUAGAUGCAGGAAAGUUAGAAGACCUCUUGGAUCCUUUGGCUGGAGAUUGGCCAUUUGAGCAAGCUAAACAGUUGGCUCACUUGGCCUUGAGUUGUAGUGAAAUAUACCGGGAGAACCGGCUAGACCUUGCAUUGGAUGUUUGGCCGGUACUUGAACCAAUGAGGGAGGAUUUGUGUGGAGACUCAUCCUCACUCCAGCUGAGCACCAAAGAACACUCCGAACCUCCUUCGUAUUUUCUCUGUCCCAUCUCCCAGGACGUCAUGCAAAAUCCUCAUGUGGCAACGGAUGGUUUUACUUAUGAAGAGAAGGUUUUGAGAGAAUGGUUUGAUGGUGGACAUGACACUUCACCAAUGACAAAUUUGAAGCUUGAACACUGCAAUCUUGUACCCAAUUAUGCUCUUCGUUCAGCCAUUCAAGAGUGGCAACAAAAACAUUGAAAUCUGUAUUUUCCUUUCCCCUUAGUUUUACAUAUUUUUUAUACCACCUGGUCCAACCCACAGGUGCAUUUUGCAGUUAAUUAUUUUUUUAGGGAAAAAAAUUAAUAGAUCAAUACAUUUUUCUUCUUUGUUAAAUCCUAGAUUCUGCUGGAGCAUAAUAUUGCAUGAUGUGUAUUACAUAAUGGUCUUGUCUUUCCGCUCAGCCAGUUCUGGUUAUAGGUUCACACCUAAAAUAAAUGCAAAGAUAUCAAGAGUCUUGUAAAUCAAUUUGUACUGUCUAGUGUUUUCAACAUAGAUGUCCAUAGUUCAAAUUCUGUAACUACUGAAUUCAUCCAAAAAAAGAAAGAAAAGAAAAGACAAACUCAAAUCCUGACACCACUUAUGAGCUUUUUUGGUUGAGAUGGAUGCUACUCACUCCUCUACCACUCCUAUCUAUUGUGACAUUCGUGAUGGUUUUCAUGAGUGGACUAUACAUAUCAAGAUUGACUGUCAUUCUAUCUCCCGCAUCUUCUUCAAGCUACUAUGUAGCUUUGCUUAUGUAAUCUCAACACCAACUUGUUUGACAUUAUUACCAACUCUCAUCCACAAGGGUGCUUUAUUGAUAGUCUCCAAAACUCAAGUUAGUUUCCUAUGGCCCACUUUGUGCUAUUGUAAUUCUAUACUUGUGUACUAGUAGUUCUAGACUCUGAUCUAUAGGCCCCUCUAUACAUGGUAGAAUUUCUCAAAACAUAAUAUAUACUUUCAGUAUCAACACUAUCUCUCUUCUUUAAAAUUGGCGUCUUCCUUGCAAUCACAGAAAUGUGCCAAGCAGACCACCCACAUCCUCCAGUAG